AUGGAGUAUUACGCAAAAUACCGAUACACUCAACUUCAUAAGAUGCCUCCAAACAAAAGAAUCCUUAUCGCAGAACUAAAGAAUCGUCAUAAGCAAUCUGACCGAGUGCCUCUUAUUGCUGCUGUAAAAGAAUUUUCAACGAUUAAGCAUAAUUAUGAGAACGAAGCAAAAAUUUUUUCAGAGGUAAGCGAUAUGUCACAUAGCAUAGUCAAAUAUUAUAAUCAUCUGAAAUAUGAUGAUAAAUUCUUUAUUUUCAUGGAAUAUUGUGAAAAUGGAAGCAUCUCACAAUCAAUGAAAAAGCUUUUAACUUCCCCAUUUGACUAGCGAGCAAAAAGAUUCUGCUCACUAACCAAGGGCUUAUGUGAAAUCUUAUUGCUUCAAAGAAAUCUGCAUAAAACGCUAUAUUUAUAUAUUAAAUAAUUAUUUGUAUAAAAAAUUUAUAUAUAUAAAAAAUCUUUGGUCGGUAAUAAAAUGGAUUACUUUUUCCAAAACCAAUUAUUUUGCCUACUAACCAAGGGGAAUAAGUGAAAAUACAUAUUGGCCUCUCUCAUGGCUUGUGAAACAGUUUAAAAGCAUUACAUAUGCUCUAAUUGUAUUGCUGGAGCACAAAAUUUCACAUAGGGAUAUAAAGCCUGAAAAUAUUUUUGUCUGUAAAGAUUGGCAUUUCAAAUUGGGCGAUUUCGGGAUCACUCGAAGACAAACUGGCUUGUCAGAAGAAACCUACCCUAUUACAGGUACCAUUUUGUAUAUGUCACCAAUACUUUUAAAAUUGUAUUUUGAUAAAAUUCAGAAUAGUGAUAAAAUUAAUCUUGAAAAGGAAGAUGUUUGGUCACUUGGCAAGACGUUUUUCGAGAUCCUAAUUAAAAAGACUGGGGUUGAUUUUCAAAAAUAUAGGGGAAAAUCCAUUCAAAAUUCCAAUAAGAUGAGAAGAUGCUCCUUUGCCCAAAUCAUGUAUGAGUACGAAAGCUCAUUUAUUGACAUUAUUUAUAAAAAACUGCUUAAACAUGAUAUUCCUGAAAAAUUAGCGCUGCUUAUAGCUCAAAUGCUAAAAACUCCUUAUAAAGAUAGACCUUCUUUAUCAGAUGUCUAUGAAGGUUUAGAAAGAAUUCAAGGAGAAAUAGGCGACCCAGGAGAUUCAGAACCUAAUUGGAUCUCAUAUAUAAACCCAGAAAAGCCAAAAGAAAAGCUUGACACCUCAAAAAAAGAAAAUCUAUUGAAGCUUUUGGAACAAGAAGAAAACCGUAUUGGAAAAGUGAUAAAAACAUAUUUCAAGCAUGGGUACAUUUCUUCAGAAGAUGAUGCUGAUGUAAAAACUAUCAGCAUUGAGUCAUCACUAAGCUCACAAGAUUGUCUUAAUACUUUGCCAUUAAAUGACCCAUCACAGGAAAAUGCAACAAUUUCCGCUGAAAAUUCGGCUUUAUGUCAUUUGAUCGAGACUUUUUGCUAGUGAUACAUAUUCGGUCUAAAUUUUUACCUCGGAAAAUACCCACGAGAAAAAAAUUUCGACCAAAUGUCCCGAACUAGCAAAAAGUCCUGAGGAAAAAAAAUGCCCCGAAAAUUCAUACGAAUAUGUAGACGGAGAUACAGUAUCAGAAGAAAACCCACUGAGCACAGAAAGCGAAAUAGACACUGAUGGAGAUUAUGACUCACCUUCAGAUAAUACUACAAUUUCUAAUGAAACUCAUCUAGCCAUUGAAGAAAACCUGUAUGAUGAAAAAUCCAAAACUCUUCCAGAAACAAAUAAUCGCUGUGGGCUGUGUGGUGAAUGAUCAGAUAAAGACCAAAUUAAAUUAGACUGCGGGCAUUUUUACGAUGUUCCCUGCCUAUCUGAAUAUAUAAAUUAUCCAAAUAUCAGGCCCCACUGUCCUAUAUGCAAGGUGAAAAUAACUUGGAAAAUGUUAUCAACAGGUGGAUUGUUAAUUAGCGAUUUAGCUAUGAAUAAAAUGCUUUACUUACUCCUCCUCCUCUCCAUGAGCGAACAAAAAAAUGUUCUUCGUUCACGAGGGGGUUAAUAUAUAAAUUUUAUAAAAAUUAUUUUUUUCAAAAUUUAAAAAAAUUCGUUCGCUCACGGAGGGUGGGUUUUUAAUCAAAAAUAGGGAUUUUUCUACUGGUUUUGUUCGCUCAGGGAGGGGGGAGUUAAUAGAAUAA